AUGGAGUCCCUGGAUGUAGGUGAAGUAAAACUCCCAGAAAUGAAGGCUCUGGCAUCAUUUGAGGACUUGGUCCUGUGUUUCUCUGAGAAGGAGUUGUGCAUCCUAGAUCCUAGAUCAAUGGAGACCUGUGAGAACGUGUCCUCUGGAAAUCAGCAGGAGAAUGAGGACCAUGGGGAGCCUGCUGUGACAAAGCCUGACGUGGAUAGCGCAACCCAAGUGAAACAUCUGAAGACCUUUUCUUCCUUCCAACAGGCUGAUCAUUCUGAACCUCCAACCUCAGAAUCAAAUCAAACAGAAUGUUCUGACUGUGGGAGAAUUUGCAAAUGCCGUUCACAGUUAGACAUAGAUGCCAGACUCAGCAAAGAAGACAAAUUCACUGAAUGUGGAAACAAUAUUUCUCCAUGUGAUCAUCCACAUUCACAUCAAAAAACUCACACAGAAGACAAACCAUAUCAAUGUAUGGACUGUGGAAAGUCCUUUGGAUAUAGUAGCAAUCUGCGUCGCCAUCAAAGGACCCACACAGGGGAGAAGCCACAUAAAUGCAUGGAGUGCGGAAAGUGCUUCAGGGAGAGUGGAAGUCUUCAUCGCCAUCAAAGGACCCACACAGGGGAGAAGCAAUACAAGUGCAUGGAAUGUGGAAAGAGCUUUAGUGCCUGUCAAACAUAUAGCAAUCAUCUAAAGAUUCACACAGGGGAGAAGCCAUACAAUUGCAUGGUGUGUGGAAAGAGCUUCAUUCGGAGGGCACACCUGCAAUCCCAUCAGAGGACCCACACAGGGGAGAAGCCAUGGAAGUGCAUGGAAUGUGGAAAGAGCUUCAGUCAUAGUUGGAGACUUCGUUCCCAUCAAAGGACCCACACAGGGGAGAAGCCAUACAAAUGCAUGGAAUGCGGAAAGGGCUUCCGUGAUAACUGGAUAUGUAUUAACCAUCUAGCGACUCACUCUGGGGAGAAACGCAUUGAUACCGGGAAGAGGCCACAUAAAUGCAUGGAUUGUGGAAAGAAUUUCCGUCAGAGUUCAUAUCUCCGUGACCAUAAAAGAAUACACACAGGAGAGAAGCCAUAUCAAUGCCUGGAAUGUGGAAAGAAUUUCCGUCAGAGUGUGCAUCUGCGUAGCCAUCAAAGAAUACACACAGGAGAGAAGCCAUAUCAGUGCAUGGAAUGUGGAAAGAAAAUCCGUUGGAGUGCGCAUCUGCGUAGGCAUCAAAGAAUACACACAGGAGAGAAGCCCUAUAAAUGCAUAGAAUGUGGAAAGGGUUUCGGUGAUCAAGAGUCAUAUAGGUACCAUCUAAAGAUUCACACAGGGGAGAAACCAUACAAGUGCAUGGAGUGUGGAAAGAGCUUCAUUCAGAGGACACAUCUGCGUUCCCAUCAAAGGAUCCACACAGGGGAGAAGCCAUACAAAUGCAUGGAAUGUGGAAAGUGUUUCAGUUACAGUCGAACCUAUUGUGAUCAUGUAAAAAUUCACACAGGGGAGAAACCCCAUAAAUACAUGGAAUGUGGAAAGAGCUUCAGUGAUAAUCAAACAUGUAUUAACUAUGUAUCGAUUCACUCAGAGGAGAAAAGUAUCAAUACUGGGAAGAGGCCAUAUGAAUGCAUGGAUUGUGGAAAGAAUUUCCGUCGCAAUGUACAUCUGCGUAGCCAUCAAAGAAUACACACAGGAGAGAAGCCAUAUCAAUGCAUGGAAUGUGGAAAGAGCUUCCGUGAUAUUUCAACAUGCCAUAAACAUCUCAAAAGACACACAGGAGAAAAACCAUAUAAAUGUAUGGAAUGUGGAAAGAGCUUUGGUGACGGUGCACAACUUCGUAUGCAUCAGAAAACACACACAGGGGAAAAGCCAUAUAAAUGCAUGGAAUGUGGAAAGAGUUUCAGUUGGAGUAAUGCUCUGAGUUGUCAUCAACGAAUACACACGGGAGAGAAGCCAUACAAAUGCAUGGAAUGUGGAAAGAGCUUCCGUCUUAGGGGAUCAUAUAAUAAACAUCUAAAGAUUCACAUCAGGGAGAAGCCAGAAGAUCUGAAUGGUCCAAAAUGGGGCGGCCAGGCUGCUAGCGGGAUCAUCUAUAAGAUCCCAUAUUACACCGAUUCUGAAACAACUGCAUUGGCUACCAAUAGAACAUCGGAUCUCUUACAAGAUACUGAUCCUGACAUUUAAAGCUUGAAAUGGCCAAGGACCAUUAUAUCUUAGGGACCACCUCAUUCCUUUUUUCCAUCAGUGGUCACCUCGACCCUCCCAGGAAAAUCUCCUAUACGUACUGGGCCCUAGGGAGGCACACCUGGAAGCUACAAGGCGUAGAGCCUUUUCAGCCUAUGCUCCAAUUCUGUGGAACUCGUUGCCUCCAUAUGUUAGAGCAAUGUCGGAGUUGCGACCUUUUGGAAAAGCGCCCAAGACUUGGCUGUUUGGUUGUGCAUUUAAGUAAAUCAGGUCAAAUUUGCCAAAUAGUCACUGUUGAAUGUUUUUAUAUUGUGGAAUGAUAUUUUAAAUUGUAAGUCACUCGGAGCACUCUGGUGGAGAGCGACUAAUCUAAAUCUAUCUAAUCUAAAUCUAAAUCCAUAAUAAAAGUGAAAACCCGUAUGUGUGUAUGUGGCACGGAGCUUCCAUCUUAGUGUAACAUAUAAUAAACAUCUAAAGAACCACACAGAGGAGAAGCUAUUUAAAUACAUGGAAUGUGGAGAAAGCAUCAGUAAUGCUGGAUCAGGGGAGAAGCCAUAUCAAUGUGUGGAGUGUGGAAAGUGCUUCCGUCGAAAGGCACAUCUGCGUUCCCACCAAAUGAUCCACACAGGAGAGAAGCCAUAUAUGUGCAUGGAAUGUGGAAAGAGUUUCAAGUGCAGUGGGCAGCUGCAUUGCCAUCAAAGAUCCCACGCGGGGGGAAAGCCAUAUAAAUGUAUGGACCGUGGAAAGAGUUUCAGUGAUCCUGGAUCAUAUAAUAAACAUCUAAUGGCUCACACAGGGGAGAAACCAUAUAUGUGCACAGAAUGUGGGAAGGCCUUCAGCAGGAUUGGCUCAUGUUGUAAACAUCUAUUGACUCACACAGAUGAAACCAUGUGAAUGCAUGGAAGAUGGAAUGAAAUUCAGGGGAAAUAUUCAUGUUGUUCCUCUAGUUCCUGAGAAUUUACCAGCUUUGAAAUUCCUCAAAAUAACUUUCUAAUGUCAAACCCAUUUCUUCUAUUUCCUGAAUUAGAUACCUAUUCUCCUUUAUAAAUCUUGAUAUUUUCCUAUGUCUAUAUUUUAUAAUGACACUGAAUAGCACCUACAAUAAAGUUAGUUUUACAAGUUC